GUGAUUUGUUACAGUAAUAGCAAACAUGCAGUUGCAGAUUAGAGGAGAGCAUACGACUGUGGUCGAGUCGCACGAGAAUGAAACUGUUGCACAAUUAAAGAAAAAAAUUGUGGAAGUAGAGGGUGCUGGAAAUACAGAAUUCAACCUGUAUUGUUCUGGUCUUUUAUUACAAAAUGAUACUUCAGUUGGAGAUUUGACAUCAAAUGUUCUAGAAUUGACAGUUUCCCUUCCUGGUGGUAUGUAUUCACUUUUGAAAUAA